GGGCUUGGGAGCCCUCUCUCACACACAUCCCUUCUGGUCUGGGGAGUUGCUGGUCCUGAAGUCAUUUAGGGUCCUUAAUUAUUUGCCUCCAGUAACAUAAAUCCUUGUAGAGUACAAUCAUGCCUUUCGGCAACUCCCACAACCAGCUGAAGCUGAAGUUCUCCGUUGAGGAUGAGUACCCGGACUUGAGCCUCCACAACAAUCACAUGGCCAAGGUGCUGACUAAGGAACUGUACGGAAAACUGCGGGAGAGACAGACGCCGAGUGGAUUUACAGUGGAUGAUAUCAUUCAGACUGGGAUUGACAACCCAGGCCAUCCUUAUAUUAUGACAGUGGGAUGUGUUGCUGGGGAUGAGGAGUGUUAUGACGUGUUCCCAGAAUUAUUUGACCCCAUCAUUGAGGACAGACAUGGGGGUUACAAGCCCACAGACCAGCACAAAACAGACCUAAAUUCUGAAAAUUUAAAGGGUGGUGAUGACCUGGACCCAAACUACGUUCUCAGCUCACGUGUCAGAACCGGCAGGAGCAUUCGUGGAUUCUGCCUCCCACCUCACUGUAGCCGCGGGGAAAGACGAGCCAUUGAGAAACUCUCUGUUGAAGCACUUGCUAGCCUGGAUGGUGACUUGAAAGGCAAAUACUACGCCCUCAAGAACAUGACUGAUGAAGAGCAGCAGCAGCUCAUCGACGAUCACUUCCUCUUCGACAAACCAGUCUCUCCUCUUCUUUUGGCCUCUGGAAUGGCCCGGGAUUGGCCUGAUGCCAGGGGUAUCUGGCACAAUGACAACAAGACUUUCCUGGUCUGGAUCAACGAGGAGGAUCACCUUCGUGUGAUUUCUAUGCAGAAGGGUGGAAACAUGAAGGAAGUCUUCAAGAGGUUCUGCGAUGGCCUGACCACUAUUGAGUCUUUGUUUAAGAACAAGGGUUACCAGUUCAUGUGGAAUCAGCACCUUGGCUACGUCUUGACCUGCCCUUCCAACCUCGGAACUGGUCUCCGCGCUGGAGUCCACAUUAAAUUGCCAAAUCUAAGCAAGCAUGAAAAGUUUGGUGAAAUCUUGAAAAGGCUGAGACUGCAGAAGAGAGGAACAGGUGGUGUGGACACAGCAGCUGUCGGUGGAAUCUUCGAUGUUUCAAAUGCUGAUCGUCUGGGCUUCUCAGAGGUAGAACUGGUUCAGAUGUUGAUCGAUGGUGUGAAGCUCCUAAUCGAGAUGGAAAAGCAGCUGGAGAAAGGCCAGUCCAUCGAUGACCUCAUCCCAGCACAAAAAUGAAUGCACUUUAAUGGCCAUGCUUUCUAAUUUAUUGGAUCAAUAGCCUCACUGAAAUCUUGGGACCCAACUCCUGCUUAGUACCAGUGUAGAAAUGUCUUCCAUCUGUUCAUGGAAUUUGUUUUAGAGUUUUUUUAUUUUUUUUUCUCUUGAUGGCUGCAAUGUUACUGAAAACUAGACAAUAAACAUUGGUCUUGCCUUGA